AUGGCAGUUAAUAAGACUGUGUCGGCAAAGAACUUUAUGAAGUCUUGGGCACAAAAAAGGCGUCGGAUGAAUCAGAGACACUCGAUAGUCUCUCUUAACAUCACACCUAAUUUCUUCAAAGGCCAGCAACUAAUAUGGUCAAUGCAAAAGUUCGACGAGCUACACCUGUAUCCCAAGAUUCAAGCCGAGAAUAAGAAGCAACAUCGCAAACCAACUGCAAAGGAGCUUGCUCAUGCCCAAACCAUAGUUGAUAGCUUUAUUCACUUUACACAUGGUAAAAUCAUUUUGAUUGAUGAUACCAAAGGUGAAGUUGUAGCUGUAAUCGAGUUCAUUCCUAUCUCUCAACUUACAACUAAGGAGAGAGAUGAAUUCAAUUGCAUCACAAAUUUCCUUCACAAAUUGAAGAAGUUUGUUUACCCAAUUGCACCUGGACGUGGAUGGGGCGGUAAAAUGUGGGGUGUGGGUUGGCGUAAAUUUAUGAAGGCACUCGAACUCUUUGGAAGUUACAUCAAAUUGCACACUGCUUGGUCUUUCACUCGAGACUACUUACAACUUGCUUUGCAAUCACAAAUAGUUUCCUGGAUUCUUGGACGAUUGUUUAGAAGCAUGGGUGACAUCCCAUUUGAGUCUAACCGGAAUCUAAUGGAGAAGCAUGGCGUUCCAUCCUUUGCGUCUGGAGAAUUCAAUGAUUGCCUUACUGAGUUUGACUGUGCACCUCACAUCACAUUUACCACCAACGGAUUCUACAAUCAACCUCACACGGACAAAGGCAAUGCCUCCAAAUUUGCCUUUGCACUUUUUGUGCCAACCAAAACGUCUGACGGUACACUAGCCAAUCCGUCAACUAAUGCUGGAGCAUCUGGAAGUCAAUUUGUCCUUCCUGAUUAUAAAUUCUGCAUAGCAUUCCCGCAACAGUGUGUGGUGAAGCUACUGUGGGCUGCUAAUCGCUGCAAACACUGCACACUUCCAGGAAUUGAACCAAAAGGGUUCACUUGA